AUGGCGAUGCGACCAACCCUCUUCACGCGGGACCUCUCCGGCCUCUCCCAGAGCUCCGAUCCCAACUCGCCCAACGUCGGCUCCCCCGCCGAGCAGCGCGACGAUGCCAAGCGCAACUUCCUCAAGGCCAUGCGGCCCCUCCCUACGCAGCACUACUGGCAUGUGUACUUUGACAAACAGUCCAAGGACCAGCAGACGGCCGACGGCGACGAGUACAAGUCGCAGCUCGAGCAGCUCGGCACGCAGAUCGAGUCGGUGCAGGACUUUUGGAAGUACAACAACAACACGCCCGUCGACCAGAUCCGCACGCGCGAGUCCAUCUACCUCUUCAAGCAGGGGUUCAAGCCCGUGUGGGAGGACCGCCGCAACAUCAGCGGCGGCUCGUGGACCUUCCGCGUGCCCAAGGCCAUCGGCCCCGACGUCUGGACGCGCGUCCAGCUGCUGGCCAUUGGCGAGGAGCUGCAGGACGUGCUCGACGACGGCGACCAGCUCUGCGGCGUCGGCCUCUCGGUCCGCUUCAACGCCCACCUCAUCUCCGUCUGGCACCGCGACGCCUCCAAGAAGAAGUCGGUCGAUGCCAUCCUGCGCUGCGUCCUCGACCAGCUGCCCGCCGAGCUGCGGCCCAAGCCCGACAAUUCCUUUUACAAGCGCCACCAGGACCACCAGGGCUUCAAGGCGCCGCCCGAGCUGCAGGCCGUGCUCGACUCGCAGAAGCGCGCCGACGACAAGGCGGCGGCCGACAAGGCGGCGGCCGAGGUGUGA